UGAAUGAAAUUCAUCCGGAAAGUAGCAGCUUACCAACCACAUUUCUACGUGCAGAGCAGGAUGGACUAUAUAAUGAUCAGAGGGUGCUGAGAAACCACCAACAGAGACCUCACAGCAGCCACCCAUCCAAUGGAAGAUCAGACAGAGAGGUUCACAACUGAAGAUGAUCUGCAGCAAUUUAGGAAUCUACAAGCUCCACUGCACGGUGCAGGCUCCUCUACCGAUGAUCCUAACAACUCUAGCCAUCAGAAUAGAGAAGUCAAUGGAAUCAGAGGGGCAUCAGAACAGACGGAAAUUCACCAAAUGGCUUGUGAACCAACUCUACAAUCCACUGCAACAAAGAAGAGGCGAUUUUUUGCGUCUAUGGCUAAAAUAACUGGACUGCUGAUCUUAGGCACUGUUAUAGCUGGACUCUUCUCAGUACCAGUAGCACUUUUCAUCCUCAAAGCUAAUGAUUCUAGUGCAGAGGGUGUGUGCACUGGAGAGGUGUACAGGGGUGAUAUCUGCAGAACAUUUCUAGCUGCACGACAGAGCUGCAUUCCCGGCAGGGAGAAUAGCUCAGAGAUCCUGGUGGUACUAACAGAGUCACAGCAGGCAAUAUUUGAGCAAGGGUUGUCGGCGCUACGACCGUUCCUGUCAACAAGUCCAGAGUGCGGAGAUGAAUUGUUGGAAUUUUUCUGCCUCGAGGCGGGACUAUGUGAUCCAGCUGGUGUUAUUCAGAGGACCUCAAGGCAAGAGUGCGAGAGGAUCACCACGAGAACUUGUGCAACAGAGUUCCAACAGGUCCUGCCUAUACUUCAGGGUAGAGGACUCGAUGUGGCCUGCGAUACAUUCCCAGAGGAGAGCAGUGCAUGCACCACUAAUAGUACACUUGGAAGUGGAUUUGAAACGACUAUCUCUUCUCAACCUGCAAUUCCACAAACAACAAUUACCAGAAAUUGCAGUGAGGGAUUCUUUGUGAAUGAGGACAGCGACCUGCGACUGUGCACGCCAGAGUGUGGGGAGUUCCACUUCCCAGGGAUAUUCAUAUUCUACCAGAUGCUGAGCUCACUAGUGUACAUUGCAAUAUUCCUCCUCAACUACGUGGACUUCAAGGGCCUGUUCUGCCAGUCUAGAGAUCUGGUGGAGAGUCUCAUGCCAGGCAAUGAGACUCCCUUCUGUAUCAUAUCAGCUGCAGCAUGGAUCUACAUCAGCUCCCAGGUAGCUCUUUGGUGGAUAUUCCACCUCUCCAUGAUCUUCUGUGCCGUAUUCUGGCCCUUCAAGUACCACUACUGGCGGCAAUCGGGCUGCCUCAAGUACAUCCAUCUUGUGAUGGUCCUCACGGCACUCGUCCUCCCCAUUGUACCAGUCAUUAUAUGCCUCAAAUUGGACGGAUACGUGCUCUAUACCCUCAUUCAGCCCAUGUGUGUGGCGAGAAACUCCCAGGCAGCUUUCUAUUCCCACGUCCUGCCACUUAUAUCUGCAGUGGCCGUUGGACUUUACCUCCUCAUUCUCAUCCUUUGGAAGUUCUUUUCAGAGGAAUGUAGGACAUCAAGGCGGCAAGGUUCAGCCAAGAGACAGGUGGAGGUCAAGAUACUUCUCCUACUUCUCUGCUACAUUAUCGUUUGGACGGAUGCCAUUGGAGUGACUGUAGCCACGCUGAUAGAGGCCCAAGACUACCGCAACACACUGAUUGAAUACUUCACCUGCGAGGCAUCGGGCACGGAAGAAUGCCCGCGGGGAACUUUCGAACAGUUUGACAUUGUCUCAAAGUUGAUUGCCGCUUUUCUGAUUUCCCUCUACUACACCCGGCAUCUUCCUCAUCUACUUUGUUAGGCAGUGCAAAUGCAAGA